UGCAGCAAAUAACCUGCAUUGCCCAUAUCUUUUCAGCAUGGUUUCUUUAAAGAAAAUUGUCGGUGUCAACUGGCUUGGGUAUUUGCAAUCACUGCAUUUUGCAUAGCUGUCAGUGGAAACUUUUACCAAACAGUUGAUAGUGUCUUCUGAUUAAUGCAGGCUCAUCAGCUUCCCACAUGAUAGGUUCUUUACCUAUGAAGAAUGCAAAAGUCUAAGGGAAAUUGCUCCACGACUUUCAAGAUAAAUGGGCUAACCAAAACACGUACGAGACAGAUCUCUUCCUCUUCCAGCUAUGAACCAGUUUGGGUCUUAUCUUUCUGACAUCUGACUCUCCACCCUCUUUUAUUAGUGGAAGAUUUGCUAAAUUAGGUACAUCCACAGAAAAAAAUAGUUACAUUUUUAUAGUGUAGUAAGGUUGUUUAAUGUUUUCAGUGCUAGGACGCAUACUUUUAGCACACUUGGCUGAAACCUUGGUAAACAAGUAUUGGCAAAAGGUGUUACAGAAUACCAGAAGGGACAUCCUGUUUAUUCCAGCCUGGAUUAAGUAAUUAGGAUCAAAAACGCAAAAAUGCCGUAAGAGAAAAACAAAUAAGGUGAAAGACACUUGUGGGAGAAAAACAUACCUUGUGAAAGAUAAAACAACAAAAUUCUGAGACCUCAGAUGUUCUAUUUCAAAUAAUUUUUUGAGGUCUCUUUUUGUACCAUGACCUCUGUGGCAGAGAAAACUCAGGGCUCGUUGGAGUGGGAUAUAAAAUUUAUUUUCUGUCAGUGCAGCUGAAUAUGACUGGAGCCUUGUCUCUGCAUGCCUGGCUCAUGCUUCCUAGGAGAGCAGAGAUUACACCCAAGAGCCUGAACCUGGCCCACGGGUGCUGCUGCCCUCCCACUUGCCCAGUGGUGAUGCCUGAUGGUGAGACAGUUAGGGCAACCAACUCAGCAGAGAGCAGUUCCCCACUGGUUUAGCAUCCAGUCUCACUCUGUUGGAGAUGAGAUGAGCAGCAGUGCAGAGGGAAAGAGGAUGGGACCAUAGCUGCCACAGUUUGGCUUAAACUGCCGUGGGAACAUAAGUUAGGGAAAGUAGGUCUCAGCGUGAGUAGAAGUAGACGAGAGCGGAUGUCAACCAUAUAUUUACCUUGUUCAAGUCUUCUUAAUGCCUUCUGACCUAUUUAAUACCAUAUCCUCUCUGCUGCUCAUACAAGAUAUACUAGAUGGGUCUCUCUGUAAAUGUAUUGUGUAUGUGAUGAGGUGUUCAACUUAUUUUUCUCAGGAUUAUAAACCACUGGGCACAUAAAUGUAAAGCACAUCUUUGGUAGGAUUUAAACCGAGUCUAAUGCAUAUAUUAUAUAAAUGACUGCAACCGAAAUAGGAAAAUCAGUAUUCAAAGAAUUAAAUGCAGUGUCUCUCCUUUAAUAAUCCUCACAGCUUGUUGUGCAGUGUGGGUUUGUGUUUGGCUUGAAUGAUCUAAAAUUAUGUCAUGGCUGAAGGGGACAGUUCUCCACCUCUUGUCCCUGAUAUGUUCUCAUCCCUUUUAUUUCACUGGUUUGAGCGUUCCUGGGGUGAUAUGAUCAGUCUGACUGGCCCUGGUCAGGCUGACAAGGUGGCUUUGGUAUUUUUUCUGAUUUAUCAUUGUAGGGGAGACAGUGGGAGAAAGUAGAUGGAGCAGCAGGAAAGAUUUGCUGUAUUUGAUUGUUGAAAAUUCAGCUUUAAUGAUUUGCUAGAUAUCUCACAGCAAGACAGAGUUAAUAAUAGGGUUAAGCUCAUAUGGUAGUUCUUAAAUCUGUAAGUUUUGUAAAUAAUCAGGAGCACUGCAAAUACAGGAAAUGUUCUUGUUCACAGAUCACACAAUCCAGUCUGCUUUCUGCUGCUGCUGCUGCUUCACAGUGCAAAAAAGAGCCAUGAGGACAAAAAUGAACCUGGACCCUGAUACUGGCCUGGUGACCCAGUACUCAACCUCACAACCAGACGUUUCGUAUGCCUCUACUCGGAAGUGCAGGCUUAAGAGGCAACUGCAGGUAAAGAACAAGCCAUUACCUCCUUUACCUGCUGAGGCCUUCGAAGACUACACAAAAAAACCCAGAGUUAUUGCACUGUAUGACUUUUUUGCUAGAGGACCCUCGGAUUUACCACUCAAGAAGUCAGAAGAAUACAUUAUCCUUGAACAGUAUGAUCCCCACUGGUGGAAGGCAAGAGACCAACAUGGGAAGGAAGGUCUAAUUCCCAGCAACUAUGUUACUGAGAAAAAGAAAAGUAAUUUGGAAACAUAUGAGUGGUACUGCAAAAACAUAAACAGAAGUCAGGCAGAACUUCUCUUGCUCCAGAAGUCCAAAGAAGGUGCAUUUGUUGUCAGAGAUUCAAGCCAACAAGGACUUCUCACGCUGUCCAUGUAUUCGCGGGCAAAAGGAGGUCAUAGUGGAAAUAUUCGACAUUAUCAAAUCAAGAAAACCCACUUGGGACAAUAUUAUGUAGCAGAAAAAUAUCUUUUUUCAUCUGUUCCUGAACUUAUCGAGUAUCAUCAACACAAUGCUGCAGGUCUUAUUACUCGUCUCCGACAUCCAGUUGGAUGUUCUUCACCAGCAACGGCAGGAUUUAGUUAUGAGGAGUGGGAAUUAAACCCAUCUGAACUGACUUUCAUGAAAGAACUUGGGCGUGGGCAGUUUGGAGUCGUUCAACUGGGCAGAUGGAAAGCAAACAUCAAGGUUGCCAUCAAAACAAUCAAUGAAGGUGCAAUGUCUGAAGAUGAUUUCAUCGAGGAGGCCAAGGUGAUGAUGAAACUUUCCCACCCGAAGCUGGUCCAGCUUUAUGGAGUGUGCACACACCACAAGCCUCUCUAUGUUGUGAGUGAAUUCAUGGAAAACGGCUGCCUGCUCAAUUACCUUCGGCAAAGGCGAGGGAAACUCAGCAGAGAUGUGCUGCUGGGCAUGUGCCAGGAUGUGUGCGAAGGGAUGGAAUACCUGGAAAGAAAUUGCUUUAUUCACCGUGAUUUAGCUGCAAGAAACUGUUUAGUCAAUGCUGAGGACAUUGUUAAAGUAUCCGACUUUGGCAUGGCCAGGUAUGUCACUGACGACGAAUAUAUCAGCUCUUCAGGUGCCAAGUUUCCAGUCAAAUGGUCAGCUCCUGAAGUCUUUCAUUUCAAAAAAUAUAGCAGCAAAUCAGAUGUCUGGUCAUUUGGUGUACUAAUGUGGGAAGUUUUCACAGAAGGCAAAAUGCCUUUUGAAAGUAAGUCAAAUUUUGAAGUUGUCCAUGAGAUUUCUCAGGGUAAUCGACUUUAUCGACCACACUUGGCAUCACAUACUGUGUAUAAAGUCAUGUACAGCUGCUGGCAUGAGAAACCUGGAGGACGUCCUACUUUUGCAGAAUUAAUGGACGCCCUCACAAGUAUAACACCAAUGUGAUAACUGGAGAUUCUGCACAAAUGUAUUUACUGAAAGGUUAGCAUUAAACUUGUCAAUAAUGCAGAUGAUACAGAAAAUCUCAGCCUUUUACAGCAGUCUCCACUUACACUGCAGUGUACCAGCAUCCUAUGUAUUUGAAGCAGCUGUUCAGUCUUGGUCUAAUCUUUAAUCAUUUGAGAAGGAUGCCUCAGGAGGCUGGGUCAGGUCUCUCAAGGCUUUGUUUUCAUGAUUAGGGAGAAAAACCUGUCUGGAAAGAAGUAACAAAGCUUACUCACCUUAUAGGCCUUUUAAUUUAUUCUUUUUGUCAGAGCUGCACUAAUUCCCAUAACAAUAUUAUUAAAAUAUUAUUUGGUUCUUAAUAUGACUCACACACUGGGGAAUACUGGUUGGCAGCAGCCAAAAUGAUGGAAGAACCUCUGAUAAAGCUCUAGCUAGGUCAUAUUUAAAGGUAAGCCCUUUUGCUGCAAAGCAUCCAGCACUGAAGAAAUGAAGCAGUGCUUCAGAAAAAGCAGCAAGCUAACUCCCGGAGCAGCACCCACGCGUGUGCCCAUUUGUGGAUAAAGGUGAGCAAAGGGAGCAGUUGUUACUUGGCAGCUCCCAAGGCACAUCUGAGCAGCUAGGCUGAGCAUCCCUGAAGCAUUUUAAACCGGCAUCACAGGUCAUGGUGCCUUCUUUACCAGUUCUAUGUAAAAGAAGGAGAACGAAGAUCAUCUUAUCCAAACCUUUUCCUGAAUUUUCCAUUAUUGUCUCCUACUCCUCGCCUGCUGCUGCCUACUCAAAUGCCCAUGCUUGCCUUAGUCCUCCCCUUGCAAGUGCCCAGCAUGGUUGAUGGAGAAGUUAAAGCUGACAGUAAAACAAAGUGAUUUGAAUUAGUCUAGCUCAGGUGGAUCCUGCAAUACCUGAAAUGGGUAACGUCUGUAAACCUACUAGUUAUGUUAUUAUUCACUUUUAAUUUUAUAUCUUAAUUUUGGUUGCUACAAAUAUAUUCUAGAACAAAAAGGCAGAUGAAGUUAAUUAUUGUUUAACAUAGAAUAGUCAGACCAUUACAAAUAAAUAGUUUUUUUAAAGAUCUGUGAUUGCAUUGUGAAUUUAUAAAUACAUCCUAUUUUAUUUUAUAGCACUUUGUGCACAAAAUACUUAAAAGCCACUAGUUGAAGAAUGAUUGAGUUCUACACAACUUAAUUUUUCCUUGCCAAAUUUAAAAAUAACUGCAACAAUAAAAUGAAAUCUAUCAAUUAUCCCAAGUUUUGAAUUUCUAGAAGAUGAUGGCAUCUUUGGGUCACAUCCAUUCCUGGUAUUAAUCACCUUUACUGCAGUACUAUUUUGAUAGUUAUCAUCCCUUAGGAAAGCAAGUUCCCAGUCCGUUUGCUUGAACAUCUGGGAGUACCUUCAAACACAUUUUUUCAAGUGAAGCAUGAUAACCCUUAUUUGUUACACAUAAUCUGCUAGAAGAAUUGCCACCAACUCUGAUGUAACUAUUUACUUUUACAAUUGACUCAUUUACGAGCAUUCAAUUCUUUAUCAGACCUACGAUUAAAUACAGUUCUAUACAACACAGUACCACGUAUUGAACUCAUCACAGCUUUAUGUCCAGGCCAUAGAAGUACAAGGCUUUUCAGCAGAUGAUGCACUAUAGAUGUGAAAUUAUCAUAGAAUCAGUAAGUUGGAAAAGACCUCUUGGAUCAUCGAGUCCAACAAUUCCUAUCACGAUGCACUACAAAUGCGCAAUUAAAACUGUCUCUGCAACAUAUAAGUAUAUGGGACUUUGAAUAAUGUAUGAGGCAUCAUUUUUAAUAGCUCUUGUAAAACUGGUUUUGCCACAUUUAGUACUGUAAGUUAAUAUGUAAUACACUACAUUAUUGUGCAAUAAAAAGUUCUGGUAGCUUUAUGUACUCAAAGCACAUUGCUCAUACUCGUUUCACCGUGUUAUCCCAUGGUGAAUAUGCAUCUAUCCUUGAAACACAUUUGUCUAAUACACAGAACCAAUAAUGCUUGCCUACCAAGCCUUCAGCUUCUCAAUAUAAUCUUUCUGAAGGCUUCUUUGGGAAAAUUACAAACAGACUGUUAUUAACACUCUGAUGCAGGUAAAUCGAACAGCUGCUGUUAUCAGGGUGACAGUAAAUAAAUGAAAAAGCACUGGAAUAUGCUUCAGAGUCAGUGAAACCAUUACUUAAUCAGCGACAAGAAAGGUCUACAGGACAAAGGUUAGAUAUCUACAGUGUAUUUACUUACCAGAAGAGCUAAAUAAAGACUAAGCAGGUGCCACCUUAGUCCUCAUGUUGCCUCUGAACUUAGCUCAAGCUCUAACCAUAUUCAAACAGGCAAAAAUGAAAGUACUUGGGUGAACACGUGAACACCAUCUGUGUCACUGAAUGUGAAGAGGCCUUUGUGGGCAAAUGGACGUCUGUUAUUUUAAAAACUUUUUUGUGAUAAAAGAGAGACCUGGAAGAGCAGCAAAGGUUAGAAAGAGGCACUACACCACCCUCGUAUGGUGAAUGUCUAGUCAAAGCCUGUAUGAAUGCUCAGCAUUUGUAAAAUUUCAUUUGUUCUUUUUUGAUCAAACAUCAGAAAACUUGCAGCAAGUCAGUAU